UUCUUUUUCAGCGGUGCACAUUUAAUUUCGCAAAAAUAUAAAUGAAGCAAAUGUAUUGCAGUAGUUGUUGAUUUUUCAAUAAAAUUUAACGUUAUUCGGUAAAUGAAGUGGUUUUUUCUUGAAAUAAUUGUGAAAGUAAGGGUUUAAGAAGCGACGCCGUCAAGAUCGGGCCAAUAAUAUGGAUACGAAUGAAAUCAAUUUGCUUGAUCUUCCGAUUGAGGUUUUGCCCGAAAUACUUCAGAAUUUAAAUGAUACGGAUUUGUUGGCAGCUACGCGAGUUUGUAAAAUUUUCAAAACUUAUGCUAGAGAAGCAUUCGCUUUAAAGUACAAUGGACAAACUGAUGACAAGCACUACACAAUAAACAUUUACACCGAUGAUACGAGAGAUGAACCAAAACCGUACUGGCCCAUUUUCAAUACAUUCGGAGACAAAUUAAUCGGCUUGAAUUUGGUCUUUUAUCGUCCAUGCAUCAGCGCAAAUCAUUGGCUCUUUCGUGUAAUCGAACAAAAGUGUUGUUUUACAAAGAAAUUGAUAAUAUCAAAAGAAACGGAAAAUCCAAUUGGUCAAUUCAAUUCAUUUGAUUCAUUCACCAGUCAGUUUUUUUUAUCGCUUCCGAAAUUGGAAUGUUUGACUUUGAAACAUCUCAAUAUUGAGUGUUCAAAAUGGACUCGAGUCACAUUACCGAAACUCACAAGCUUCAACGUCGAAAAUAUCAAGGGAUUGAAUCAGCAAGAUUUCAUCGAAUUUAUCAAAAGUAAUCCACAGCUACAACAAUUAUCAAUGGUGUCUCUUCGUGGAAUAGAUCUUGGCAUAUUUGGAGUGGUUAAUAGUGCGUUGAACGAACUCAAAAGCCUUCAAAUAAACCCACACUAUCAUGGCAUUCUCAACGAAUAUCAAGUGCCUAGUUUGAAAAAACUGGAAACACUUAAGGUUGCUGUUGGAUAUUUGCUUCAAAAUAACAUGGGAUUCAUGCAAAACAUUCCAAUUCACGAUCCAUCAAAUAUCCGAACGCUUCGUUCAUUCACAAGCAAUUGCAAGCACAUCAAACAUUUGAAGCUGACGCCAUUCCAAGAUGAAAUGUGUGAGAUGCGUGCGGAUGUCAUCGAUGUCAUUUGUUCUUUCGAUCAACUGAAGCGAAUCGAUAUACACGAAAUUAAUGUGGCGAUGCCACUGCUUUUGAUUCUGGUGCAACGUCUUCCAAGGCUGAAUUCAUUGCGCAUCUACAAUGCAAGCAAAACAUUGACGAUUGAUUUGGAAAAAAUAUUGAAAAUUUUCUCGCAAAAUAACAGUCUAGUGGAAUUUAUUAUCCAUGGAAGAAAUGUUGAGGAAUAUUUAGACUUUGAUUUGGACUUCCAUCGUUGUUUUGCACGAUUCGUUGAACGCCGCGAAGAUGCUAAAUUUGUUUUAACCUUGGACGAAAGGUAUGAAACCAUUGUUAUGACCAAAGAAAAACUAACAAGGAAUGGACAACCAAUACGCAAUACGCACAUUCUGGAUUUGCCUGGAAAAUGUUUUCAACUGAUCUUCAACCAUUUAGACGACGAUAGUCAACGUUCUUCGUAUGACACCUGUACACGUUUGCGCACGGAAGUGAAGCCUCACAUUUCAAAUCAACUGUUUCGCAUUGAGUUUCCAGGCGGAUCGCAAAUGGAAGAAGAUUUUCAUCGUUUUGGAGACAACAUCACUAAACUCGAAAUAUACGAUACAUUAGCUGAAGAUGAUGAUGAUGAAUAUGAACUGUCAUUAAGAAGUGCAGACGAUUUACAUCCAUUUUGGAAUCUAAUAGUUCAGAGAUAUGGAGAAAAUCUCAUCGAAUUGCACAUCCAUGAGCACAAUCCAAAAUUUAUGGAUGGAUUACAACUUUUGUUUCCAAAUCUGAUCAAACUAAAGAUAAAAGAACUACAAUCACCAACUCUUCAAUUUUUCUCGCUCUUUCAUUGUCCAAAAUUGACGCAUUUAGAUAUCGAAAUGGAAUCUAUUCCGCCAAAAGACUGUUUUAAUACUCCGAAAACAACCAUCUUUGACAAUUUGACAACAAUUAAAGUGAACAAAGUUGAUGAUGGCAUCGCAAAAUUAUUGAACGACAUGGAUCGAGAGGCUUGUGCUCGAAUCACCGAGUUCACCGUUGGAAUGUUCGAGACUUGGAGAAUGUAUGAACACAGGACAUCCGAAGACUGGAGCGAUAAUAUUUAUGAAGCUGAUAAACUUCAACGCAUAAGAUUAAUCAAUAUUAUUGCGCGGUUUUCGAAUUUAACGAUUUUGAAUCUGAUUGUGGGACACAUUGAAAGAGAAAACGUUCAGUAUUUAUUUGAAAAUUGUAGAAAAUUGGUGAAACUAUCGCUUUAUUUUGAUGCAGAUUUUUCGGGACAUUUAAAAAUGGACUGUGCAAAAGAAAUGUUCAAAUGCGUAAAAGAUAAUUGCAGGCAAUUACAAGUUAUACAAUUGGUCAAAAAUUCGUUCAGUAGAAGAUUUGGUCAACCGUCUAUUAAUCCGAAUAAUAAGCCAUUUAUGAAAAUGGUGUGUGAUAUGUUUCCGAAAAAUGUCAAAAUUCUUUAUGUUAAUAUCGGAAAUGAUGGCAGAGUUUGCGAUGAAGUGUUUGAAAGUCCAGAAAAUGUCAUAAGGAGACCACUGUAAUCAAAAUUACUCGCAUCAAAUUUAAAAACAUUCAAUCAUUGCGAUUCAUAAAAUAGAGGCGAUUUUUUUUAAAUUAUUUAUUAGCUUUAUCAGCUUAAUCGUCAAAAAGAAACAUUUUUUUUUCUUGUUGAAACUGGAAUAAGUAAGGAAAAUAGACUGAUGAAUCCAUUUCGUAAACGUUACCAGUAUGAUAUUUCUACCAGAAUUGUCUACCAAUAUAAUUACAUACGAUGCUUUAGUUAUAGCUUCGGUCGUUUUGUCUAUUUAAUAUUAAUAUAUUAAAAAAAAUAAGUAAUUUGGCUUUCACGAUAUUCUCCGAAAAGCUAUAUUCAGUAAUAGAAACCCAAUUAUUUAACAUUUAUCUAUUUUUUAUUUCUUUAUCAUUCACAUUUUAGAUUGAAAUGGUUUAAGUAAUAGAUUUUAAAAAAAGUGUAAAAAUAGUGAUAAUUCAUAAUAUUUUACUUAUUUGAUAAAUUACACAAUAAAUCACAAAAUAAAUAAAUGAAAUCAGAGACAAUGUUUCUCAGAGCACUGAGGAGCCAAAUAUUAAAAGUUGAAAAAAUAUCAAAAAUCAGAAUAUUAUCAAUUUGAAUAUUUUUUUAACUUUUACGAUUUUGCCCCUCACUGAGCUUCUCCGCCUCCUCUAAGCGCUCCUCUCCACAUAUAUUGCUCUGAAAAACAGUCUCUGAUUAAAGUAUUUUAAGCAAUUUAUGCGAAAUUAAAAUAGAAAGGGAUUUUUUUAAUAAAAUGCUUUUUAAAAUAUUGCUGUGAAAUUUUUUAAUUUAAAAUUCUCAGCGAAAGAAUGCUUAUGAUAUUGGUUCAACAAACAUUCUAUUUUUUCAAAAGCUUUAUAACACAACCUAGAACUAAAACUAGGACGAUUGUUGAUAAGUAAAAUAUGCAUCAACUGGAAACGUGUAUAUAUGCAAAUGCUAAACCGCGUAUAUUCAUAUAUGCGCGUAUUAUACAGGAAAUAUUUUAAUUGAAUGACAAAAAUAAAAUAUGACUUUUUUGCACAUUUUCA